CCCGGGGCCUUUUCAUCUCUUCCCGUUUGGCCGGAGGCGCCGAGUUCAGAUCCGCCACUGGGCGCCCGAAACUGACACCCCGAGCGCCGAGCCCUCCGCGCGCACCCAUUCCUGCCUCGCGGCCGCGCGUGUCUCGUCCGCGUCUCGUCGCUGCGGGAGAACUUCCUCCGGCGCCCCCGCGCCAGGGUCCCCCUGCCCGCCGUGCACGAGCAUUUCCACCUUGGGAGCUACUGGCAUUUUCUUUGCAAAGGAAUUCGAGCAAGAUCCCUUUUUUUUUGUUUUUCUUUCUCGUAUUGGACAGUGACUCGAUUGUUUGCAAAAGUUUCGCAUUAAAAAAAAAAAAAACCACCACCAAAAAAAAAACUACCUGAUCUGUAUUUUGAGACUGGUUGGUUUCUUUUCUUUUCUUUUUUUUUUUUUUUUGGUACCCUUUUUUUAUUAUUUUUUUUAACUUUUUCCACCUUCCAAAAAAAUAAAAAUAAAAAUGCACUGCUGCGUGCUGAGCGCGUUCCUGCUCCUGCAUCUGGCCGCGGCCGCGCUCGGCCUGUCUACCUGCAGCACGCUCGACAUGGACCAGUUCAUGCGCAAGAGGAUCGAGGCGAUCCGCGGGCAGAUCCUGAGCAAGCUGAAGCUCACCAGCCCCCCAGAAGACUACCCCGAGCCCGAGGACGUGCCCCCGGAGGUGAUCUCCAUCUACAACAGCACCAGGGACUUGCUCCAGGAGAAGGCGAGCCGGCGCGCGGCCGCCUGCGAGCGCGAGCGCAGCGACGAGGAAUACUACGCGAAGGAGGUGUACAAGAUCGACAUGCCGCCCUUCUUCCCCUCGGAAACUGUCUGCCCAGUUGUUACAACACCCUCUGGCUCAGUGGGCAGCUUGUGCUCCAGACAGUCCCAGGUGCUCUGUGGGUACCUUGAUGCCAUCCCGCCCACUUUCUACAGACCCUACUUCAGGAUUGUCCGGUUCGACGUCUCGGCGAUGGAAAAAAAUGCUUCCAACCUGGUGAAGGCAGAGUUCAGAGUGUUCCGCCUGCAGAACCCAAAGGCCAGGGUUCCCGAACAGCGGAUCGAGCUGUACCAGAUCCUCAAAUCCAAAGACCUGACGUCUCCAACCCAGCGCUACAUCGACAGCAAAGUGGUGAAAACCAGGGCGGAGGGGGAAUGGCUUUCCUUCGACGUGACGGACGCUGUGCAGGAAUGGCUCCACCACAAAGACAGGAACCUGGGAUUUAAGAUAAGCUUGCACUGUCCCUGCUGCACCUUCGUGCCCUCUAAUAAUUACAUCAUCCCCAACAAAAGCGAGGAACUGGAGGCACGGUUCGCAGGUAUUGAUGGCACCUCCACAUAUACCAGUGGUGAUCAGAAAACUAUAAAGUCCACUAGGAAAAAAAACAGUGGGAAGACCCCACAUCUCCUGCUAAUGUUGUUACCCUCCUACAGACUUGAGUCACAACAGUCCAACCGGCGGAAGAAGCGCGCUCUGGAUGCAGCCUAUUGCUUUAGAAAUGUGCAGGAUAAUUGCUGCCUACGUCCACUUUACAUUGAUUUCAAGAGGGAUCUUGGGUGGAAAUGGAUCCAUGAACCCAAAGGGUACAAUGCCAACUUCUGUGCUGGGGCAUGCCCGUAUCUCUGGAGUUCAGACACGCAGCACAGUAGGGUCCUCAGCCUGUAUAAUACCAUAAACCCCGAAGCCUCCGCCUCGCCUUGCUGCGUGUCCCAGGACCUGGAGCCGCUGACCAUCCUCUACUACAUCGGCAAGACCCCCAAGAUCGAGCAGCUCUCCAACAUGAUCGUCAAGUCGUGCAAAUGCAGCUAAGGUGCCCGGGCCGCGGCCG